UAGGCUCCAUAUUUGUUCGCAAACCGUCGAAAAUGGAGCAAUGCUGGUGCAGGGUUGUGCUUGUUCUGUGCUGGUUCGGUGUGAAGUUUUGUGCAGGCGAUUACUUUCAGAACUCGAACUAUUUUUGUACCGAUCUGAAGACACAACAGAUCGUCGAUAUUAGUCAGUUGGAGGGGAUAUGGUACGUUAUAGAAAAACUCAUACACACGGAAGAGAGACACUAUACCAUCAAUCUGACCACCUGUCCAGUUAUACACAUAUCGGAAGAUAGAAAAGAGACAACUACUUACAAUCCUCUGUACAAAACUUACGAUACAACCUAUGGUUCUGGAUAUCCGUACAACAGGAACCCAACGGAUCCCAGAAGUACUUACACUAGCGAACAGGAGUAUAUCAAGCAGAGGGAACAGUAUGACAGAAUAACAACAUACGACCACGAAAGACGCAGGGUUAACCAUGCAGGCUACGUUAAACACCUCUACGCUAUGAAGUACCUCCGAAUCUACUGGGACGAUAACAGUUACAGUACCGAGUACCAUUUGAGGUACAACGUGAGCAGACCGGGGUUCUGGAUAAGUUCUGGACCUGAAGAUGGAAGAACACUGCCAGAAGACAUCAAACACUUUGCCGGCACUGUCCAAGUACUGAAAGCUGUAGGAAAUCACUUGGUGCUCACUUUUUGUCAUAGACUACCCGAGCAAAAGCAGCUGUUCACUGUUAUAUUGUCCAGGGAGAACCGACUGGACAUCAGAGAGAUCCAUGGCGUCCAUGGGAUACUUAUCAGGAAAGGACUGAGUACUAACGCGUUGGAAAGAACUUGCAAUGGCUCUGAAAUGAUUAGUAUUAAUUAUAUACAUGCGUUGAUUACGUUAGGGAUGUAUUUUUUGUUCAAAUAAAGUAAUAAGGAGUUAUUAAAUGGUUUAUUAUGUUUGGAAUAAAGAAUAUUUUACACUUGAAA